AUGGGGCCGGGCCCCAGCGCCAGGCCCAAGAGCGGCAGCAGGAACGGCCUGUCCGGGACAGCGGCUCGAUCUGCAGAGAGCUCCCCCACAGCUCCCAAACCUCUGCCGGCCGCGGGCCCGGCCGCCCUGCCAAAACGCCCAGAUCCACCAGCACCCGCCGAGGCCAAACGGGAGCCCCGGAGCCCAGACUGUGCCAGGGCCCAAAUGACAGUUUCCAGUACAAAAGGCUCCCGGAGCCCCCGGGGAAGGGGAAAAGCUGCCACACGAGCAGAGAGAGCAAGCAAGCCCAGCAAGAGGGCACAGGGUCUCCACCGCCGACCUCUGCGCCAGCACCUUGCCCCACUGCGGGUCCCCAAGGCUGUGACAACCCCGCUGCCCUGCGAUGCCGGCUCCACGUGGGCCGUGGUGCCUGCAGUGGGCCCUCACACACCGGGAGCAGAACGCGGCCCGCCACGGCCCUGGCUCCCCGUGCCCGCUGCCCCAGCACAGCCGGGCGGGCUGGCUCCCUCCCAGGGAGACCCCGGCGGCGCGGCUCCUCGUCCCCGGCCCUGCCGCAAACCUCCGGCCUCCUGCCCCGGGCGCAGACGGAGAAAGAGGAGGCACAGGGACAGCCCGGGCCGCCACAGGCCGGCCCGCGCGGCGGGGAGUGAGCGGGGCCGUGAGCCCGAGGCAGCCCGGGGGCCGAGCCCCGCUCCGCGGCCCCGCAUCGGGCAGGCGCCGGGCAGCGGCGGCCGGGACCCGCCCGGCGUGGCGGACAUCGGCGCUGCCCCGUCGCCCCGGGCCCGCACUGGGGGCUGCGAGGGCAGCCGGGCUCGGCCGGAGCCGGCCCCGCGGCCCGGCCCCGGCCGCGUCCCCGCCGCCGUCCCCGCGCCCUUACCGCGCGGCCUGCCCGCUCCCGUCCCGCCGCCGGCCGGGCCCGUCUGUCGGCGGCGCCGCGUCACGCCGCGGGGCGCCGGGAGCGCCCGCCCCGGAGCCGGGCCCGGCCCAGGCAGGGGCGGCCGGGGCGGCCGGCGGGGCCGCUUGUUUACGCCGAGCAGCUGUCAGCGCCGCCCGCCGCCCCGCCCCGCGCCGACCGGCCCCGCGCCGACCGACCGGCCCUGCCCCGCUCCGCUCGGCUUGGCCCGGCGCAGCCCGGCCCGGCUCGGCGCGGCACGGCCGCCGCUCCGCCGGGCGCCGCCGGAUGCCGUCACCGCCGCCCGCCCCGCCCGCCCCUCCGCCGCACCGGCGCCGCCGAGAGCUCCGCGCCCCGGCACAGCCCCCCCGCGGCCCCCUGCGCUGCCCCGCGCCCGGCCCGGACCCCCCAGGGCACCGCGGCAGCCGGGGCCGCCGCCCUUCGCCCCGGCCCCAGGAGACCCUCCCUCUGCCCUGCGGACUCCGGGCACGGCCCGGGCCUCGGCGCGGCCUCUCGCCCGUCCCGGCACGGGGCCGUCCCUGCCCGUACCCACCGAGGGGCUGCCCGCGCCGGCCCCAGCGGGAGAUCGGGGCCAGCUCCGCGAGAGCCCGGACGCACCGCGGGUCCUGGGCACCUGGGCUGCGAGGAUGCCCGCGGAGAACGGCACUCGGGAGCCGCCUCGACUCGCGGGUCCCCGCAGCAGCCAGCAGCUCGCUCUGCCACGCGGGGCCGGCGGGACACGAGCCCACCCGGAGCGGCCCGCGCCGGCUCCCGCAGCCGCCGGGUCAGGGGCUCGUCCAGCAGCCUCCCCGCGAGGGCCGUACCGCCGGGGCUCCAGCCCCAGGCCAGCGAGCAGCAGCUGGAGGGAGAAACUGUCUGGAGAGCAGCUACACAAGGAAAACUCAUCAGCCCCGUUUCAGGUUUCAGGACUCAGGCUUCCACCGGGGAGAAAAGGACCUUACCGUCAGGCUGCUGGGAAGGCACUGGUGUCCCCGGCGCUGGGACUGCCGAGGCUGGUGCAGCACUGCAGGGUCCCGCCAGCUCAGGAGGCUGUUCACAGCCAGGCUCCCAGACACAACAUCUCGCUGUGGUCACAGGCAGAGGACUCAAAGCCCAGCCCUGAACAGCCUGACCUUGCCCUGCGGUGCAGCUGCAGACACAAACAGCAGCAGCUCAAGGUGGUUCUGUAA